CCUGGUGUGAGGAGCUCGGCCGCCUGCUGCUGCUCCGACAUCAGAAGAGCCGCCAGAACGACCCCCCUGGGAAACUCCCCAUGCAGCCCCCCCUCAACUCCAUGAGCUCCAUGAAACCCACUCUGUCGCACAGUGAUGGGUCGUUCCCCUAUGACUCUGUCCCUUGGCAGCAGAACACCAACCAGCCUCCCGGCUCCCUCUCCGUGGUCACCACGGUUUGGGGAGUGACCAACACAUCCCAGAGCCAGGUAAGAGACUAUGCCACCCCCAGCUCCUUUCAGACAGGAGCAUCCCUCAACCCUUGGAGCCCUCAGGUCACCAUGACACAUCAGCCCUCCUUGCCAGGAUCUUCCCAGCUGGGAAGACCAGUUUUCAGGGCACACCUGAUUGCCACAGGGGCCCUUGGCCAGUAUCCUGCUGCCUCCAGAGCUAGCAAGUUGGGCUUCUCUUGGCCCUCCCAAAGCAGCAGCCCAGGGCCUGUGGGUGGCCCACCCUCAGGGCAUCCAGGCCCCUUUGUGGGGCAGGAGGUCGAGCAGUCCUGUCCUCGGGAACCCUAUGGCCAAUGCCAGCAACCCCAUGAACCCAGGCGGCAACCCCAUGGCCUCGGGCAUGACCACCAGCAACCCCGGCCUCAGCUCCCCGCAGUUCGCUGGGCAGCAGCAGCAGUUCUCGGCCAAGGCCGGCCCCGCUCAGCCCUACAUCCAGCAGAAUAUGUACGGCCGGCCCAACUACCCCGGCAGCGGGGGCUUCGGGGCCAGCCGGCAGCCGCUGCCGCAGCAGCUGCAGUGGCGGCAGCAGCAGCCACGGCCACAGCCACGGCCACAGCCACUGUGGCAGCCUUGCAGGAGACGCAGAACAAGGAUAUAAACCAGUAUGGACCGGUCUGUUCCUCUUUCCAGAUGGGUCCCACCCAGGCGUAUAACAGCCAAUUCAUGAACCAGCCCGGGCCACGGGGGCCUGCCUCCAUGGGGGCCGGCAUGAACCCCGCAAGCAUGGCGGCUGGCAUGACGCCCUCGGGGAUGAGUGGCCCGCCCAUGGGCAUGAGCCAGCCCCGGCCGCCCGGCAUCAGCCCCUUCGGCACACACGGGCAGCGGAUGCCCCAGCAGACCUACCCGGGCCCCCGGCCCCAGUCCCUUCCCAUUCAGAGCAUAAAGAGGCCCUACCCUGGAGAGCCCAACUAUGGAAACCAGCAAUAUGGACCAAACAGCCAGUUCCCCACCCAGCCAGGCCAGUACCCCACCCCCAAUCCCCCGAGGCCGCUCACCUCUCCCAACUACCCCGGGCAAAGGAUGCCAAGCCAGCCGAGCACCGGGCAGUACCCACCACCCACGGUCAACAUGGGGCAGUAUUACAAGGUGAGACACACCCUCGGGUCUGACCUAGAGCUGCAGUUCAAGUGCUACCACCAUGAGGACAGGCAGAUGAACACGAACUGGCCGGCCUCGGUGCAGGUCAGCGUGAACGCCACGCCCCUCACCAUCGAGCGCGGCGACAACAAGACCUCGCACAAGCCCCUGCACCUGAAGCACGUGUGCCAGCCGGGCCGCAACACCAUCCAGAUCACCGUCACAGCCUGCUGCUGCUCCCACCUCUUCGUGCUGCAACUGGUGCACCGGCCGUCCGUCCGCUCCGUGCUGCAAGGCCUCCUCAAGAAGCGCCUCCUGCCCGCAGAGCACUGUAUCACGAAAAUCAAGCGGAACUUCAGCAGUGUGGCUGCCUCAUCAGGCAACACAACCCUCAAUGGGGAGGACGGCGUGGAGCAGACGGCUAUCAAGGUGUCUCUGAAGUGCCCCAUCACAUUCCGGCGCAUCCAGCUCCCUGCCCGAGGCCACGAUUGCAAACACGUCCAGUGCUUUGACCUGGAGUCAUACCUGCAGCUGAAUUGUGAGAGAGGGACCUGGAGGUGUCCUGUGUGCAAUAAAACCGCUCUGCUGGAGGGCCUGGAGGUGGAUCAGUACAUGUGGGGGAUCCUGAAUGCCAUCCAACACUCCGAGUUUGAAGAGGUCACCAUCGACCCCACGUGCAGCUGGCGGCCAGUGCCCAUCAAGUCGGACCUACACAUUAAGGAUGACCCCGACGGCAUCCCCUCCAAGCGUUUCAAGACCAUGAGUCCCAGCCAGAUGAUCAUGCCCAAUGUCAUGGAGAUGAUCGCAGCCCUGGGCCCCGGCCCAUCCCCCUACCCGCUCCCACCUCCACCUGGGGGCACCAACUCCAGCGACUACAGCAGCCAAGGCAACAACUACCAGGGCCAUGGCAACUUUGACUUCCCCCACGGAAACCCAGGUGGGACGUCCAUGAACGACUUCAUGCAUGGGCCCCCCCAGCUCUCCCACCCCCCAGACAUGCCCAACAACAUGGCCGCCCUUGAGAAGCCCCUCAGUCACCCCAUGCAGGAAACU